AUGUCGUCUUCUGAACAAGCCGAUGCCUCCAAGGCGGCGGAGAGCGCUCCCGCGCAGAGCCUCCCGUCGCGACCCGCGAAGCAGCCCAAGGACAAGGGCGCCAAAGGCCCCAAGAACGCGGGGCUCGAGCUCCCAACACCCCCCGACUUCAUCAAGCACCGGCUUGACAUUUUCGACAAGGUCAAGGCUCGACAAGACGCCGAGAUUGCCGCCAAGCCGCGUGAGGAGAUUACCAUUUCCCUUCCCAAUGGCAAGGAGGAAAAGGGAACCUCGUGGGAGACCACGCCCGGCGCAAUUGCAAAGGGGAUUUCGAAAUCCCUGCUUGAGCGAACAGUCAUCUCCAGGGUCGACGGAGAACUCUGGGACCUCACUCGGCCGCUGGAGAAGAGUUGCAAACUGGAGCUCAUCGACUUUGAGGAUAAAGAGGGCAAGAAGGUCUUCUGGCAUUCCUCGGCCCACAUUCUAGGCGAGGCGGCAGAGAAACGGUUCGGCUGCUACCUCUGCAACGGCCCCCCGACUGAGGAUCCCCCGGGUUUCUACUAUGACAUGGCCAAGAUGGAAGGUGCCGUGAUUGCCGACGAGGACAAGAAGGCUCUGGAGACUCUAUCCAACUCCAUCAUCAAAGAAAAGCAACCCUUUGAGCGCCUCGAGAUGACCAAAGACGAGCUCCUGGAAAUGUUCAAGUACAGCAAGUAUAAGGAAUACUUCAUCAACCAGCGUGUGCCCGAGGGCACCAAGAGCACGGUAUACCGAUGUGGACCCCUCAUCGACCUGUGCCGAGGGCCUCAUGUGCCUCACACGGGAAACAUCAAGGCUUUUUCCGUUCUGAGGAACUCGGCUGCCUACUGGCUCGGUGAUAGCAAAAACGAAUCUGUCCAGCGCAUCGCUGGCAUUGCAUUCCCCGACAAGAAGCAACUCGAAGAGUACAAGACGUUCCUCGCCGAGGCCGCCAAGCGCAACCACCGCAAGAUUGGCCAAGAGCAGAAACUCUUCUUCUGGGAUGAGAUGUCUCCUGGUUCCACAUUCUGGCUGCCACACGGCACGAGGAUCUACAACUCGCUGAUGGAGCUGAUGAAGCGUGAAUACCAGAAGCGCGGCUUCGUCGAGGUCAUGUCCCCAAAUAUGUUCAAGGCCGAUCUGUGGAAAGUGUCGGGCCACUGGAACCACUACGAGGAGAACAUGUUCACCUUUGAGGUCGAAAAGGAAAAGUUUGGCCUGAAGCCCAUGAAUUGCCCCGGCCACUGCAAGAUCUUUGCCCACUCCGACGUCACCUAUCGCGAGCUGCCCUGGCGCAUGGCCGACUUUGGCGUGCUUCACCGCAACGAGUUCUCUGGCGCGCUGUCGGGCCUCACCCGCGUGCGCCGAUUCCAGCAAGAUGACGCCCACAUCUUUUGCACGCUUGAUCAGAUCCGAGCGGAAAUCGAGGGCGCCUUUGACUUCUUGUACGGCGUAUAUGGGAUCUUUGGCUUCAACUUCAAGCUGAAGCUUUCGACGCGUCCCGAAAAGUACAUUGGCGAGAUUGCGCUGUGGGACAUGGCCGAAGCCAAACUCAAGGUCGCGCUCGACUCGUUUACGCAGAGAAUUGGCGCCAAGUGGGAAGAGAACCCCGGUGACGGCGCCUUCUACGGCCCCAAGAUCGACAUUACCGUGUACGACGCUCUCAAGCGAGACCACCAGUGCGGCACCAUCCAGCUGGACUUUAACCUCCCACGCCGAUUCAAGCUUCGAUACGUGGCGGCAAAGGACGACAGCGGGGCCGCCACGACGUCCGACGACCCUGACCUGCCCAUGGGGUACGCGCGGCCCGUCAUGAUUCACCGAGCGGUGCUGGGGAGCUUCGAGCGCAUGAUUGGGAUUCUCACGGAGCACUUUGCUGGGAAGUGGCCCUUUUGGCUCAGUCCGCGUCAAGUCCUCGUGGUCCCCGUCAUGCCGGGCGUCAACGACUACGCGCAGGAGGUGCAAAAGAUUUUCCACGACGAGGGGCUGUUUGCCGACGUCGACUUGAGCAGCAACACGUUCCAGAAGAAGAUUCGCACGGGGCAGCUCGAGCAGUACAACUUCAUAUUCGUCGUGGGGGGCGAGGAGGCCAAGUCACGCACGGUCAACAUUCGAAACCGCGAUGACCAGAGCACGCAGAGCAAGGGAGAGCUCAUUCCCCUGCAAGAGGCAUUGGGCCACCUGAUCAAGCUUAAAGCGGAGAGGCGACUCGGAAACAAGUGGUAA